GCAGCUCCAGUCAGAAGUCCUGCAGAAAUCCUGCAGAUUUAAACCUCAGCUGCUAACGGACCUGUAGCCCGACGGCAGGUCCCUUCAGCUGCCGGAGUGCUGCUGAGCAAACUGCCACAAACUACAGAACCCAGUGUGAUGUAAGGCGAUGCUCUCUCGGCCACCAUGGCCAGUGUCACUCUGAGGUACUUCUGUUAUGGCUGCCUGGUCACCUCGGCGACCUGGUCCGUCCUCCUCCUCCUCUACUUCUCUCUGGGGGCGGAGCCCGGCCGCGGUAGGACCCCCCUGCAGCACCGCAGCCAGCCAAUCACCAAGGGCCUGGCCAACCGGAGGGCGGGGCAUCGGCCCCUGCCGGCCAAUAAGGCCGUGGAGCUGUCGCCAGAGAUGGGGAUGAUCUUCAACGAGGCCGACCAGGAGGUGAGGGACACCGGCUACCAUCGACACGCCUUCAACGUGCUCAUCUCCACCAGACUGGGCUACCACCGAGAGCUGCCAGACACCAGGGACUCCCAGUGUCAGGUGAAGGUCUAUCCCGCGGCUCUACCUUCUGCCAGCGUAGUGAUCUGUUUCUUCAAUGAGGCGUUCUCCGCCCUGCUGAGGACGGUCCACAGCGUGCUGGACCGCACGCCGGAUGUCCUGCUGCACGAGAUCAUCCUGGUGGAUGACCACAGCCAGCUCGAGGAGCUGAAGGACGACUUGGAUCGGUACGUCAGGGAGGAGCUGCAGGCCAAAGUCAAACUGGUGAGGAACCAGAGGAGGGAAGGACUCAUCAGAGGACGCAUGAUAGGAGCCUCACAUGCUACUGGCGAGGUGCUGGUCUUCCUGGACAGUCACUGCGAGGUGAACCGUGAUUGGCUGCAGCCUCUGCUGGCUCCGGUCCAGAAGAACCGGCUCACCGUGGUCUGCCCCGUCAUCGACAUCAUCUCGGCCGACACGCUGUCCUACUCGCCCUCCCCCAUCGUCAGGGGGGGCUUCAACUGGGGGCUGCACUUCAAGUGGGACCCCGUCCCCCCCGCCGAGAUCAACGGGCCCGAGGGAGCCACCGGACCCAUCAGGUCCCCCACCAUGGCAGGUGGUCUGUUCGCUAUGAACAGGAAGUAUUUCAACGAGCUCGGCCAAUACGACGCCCGGCAUGGACAUCUGGGGCGGGAGAACCUGGAGAUCUCCUUCAGGAUCUGGAUGUGUGGGGGCCAGCUGCUGAUCAUCCCCUGCUCCAGAGUCGGUCACAUCUUUAGGAAGAGACGUCCGUACGGCUCGCCGGGGGGGCAGGACACCAUGGCUCACAACUCACUGAGGCUAGCACACGUCUGGAUGGACGAGUACAAGGAGCAGUAUCUGUCCCUGCGCCCGGAGCUCCGUGAGCGUAGCUAUGGCGAUAUCGGUGAGCGCGUGGCGUUGAGGAAGCGGCUGCAGUGCCGCUCGUUCGGCUGGUACCUCGACAACGUCUACCCCGAAAUGCAGACCGUCGCCAACGGCAACAAGCCCCAGCCACUGUUCAUCAACAAGGGCCUGAGGAGACCUAAAAUCCUGCAGAGAGGACAGCUUCGUAACCUGGCAACCGGGCGCUGUCUGGUGGCGCAGGGCCGAGCCAGUCAGAAGGGGGGGGCUGUUGUCCUGAGACCAUGUGACCCCCGAGACCCUGAACAGGACUGGGCCUAUGAUGAGGAGGGGCAGCUGGUCCUGGCAGGGCUGCUGUGUCUGGACGUGUCAGAGGUCAGGACCUUCGACCCCCCCAGACUGAUGAAGUGUCACGGCUCGGGGGGGUCGCAGCAGUGGAGCCUGGGGAAGUCUAACCGUCUCUACCAGGUCUCGGUGGGUCAGUGUCUCUCCGUGGCCCAGCCCGUGGGACCCAAGGGUUACGUCUCCAUGGCGAUCUGCGAUGCGUCCCAGGCGCAACAGUGGCAGCUGGGGGCUGAAGACUGUCCGUCUGCUUUUAUCUUCAUCACAUCAGCUGAUUCUCUCAGGACCUUUUACAGGCUCAUAUCAGCCUCUUUUAAAGGCUCCAGGCCCAGGAUGGACAGGGCUGGGGGGCGGGAGGGGCAGGGGGGGGGGGUUUAG